GACGAUUCUGAUCCGCGUCUUCUCUCUCGCCGGCUGAAAGCUCCCUGGCGUUUCUGCCAACAAACAGGCACUUACAGACACAGCACGGACUUCGCUGCAGGCCAAUUGACAUGCACCCACCACCACAACCAUCCCCUGUCGCCUCGCAUCCCUGUCCCCGCAUUCAAUGAGACCCUCCAACGUCAUUUUCUUUGCAGAUCCCAAACUCCCACCGCCGACCCAACCGCAUGGCCCCGUGAUCCUCAAAAGAGAACGAAGAUAGAGAGAGAAAAGCGAUCAGAUCGGGUAUAGCAUUCCAGACCGCGAACCGGCGAUAUUUGGGAGCACCUAAAUUGUUAAACUAAACCCCAGCCAGAAUGCCUCCUCCGUCAAAGCUCAGAGCAGACGUUGAGCCUCCGGACCAAGUCACAGAUGAAGGCAUCAAAGGGUUCUUGACCGGUGCAGUGCGGUUUGGCUCCCUCUCUAUCAUCGCCCAUUUAAUCCUCAUCCUUCCCCAUCCGAUGCAUUUCGCUGACCACACCCCCGCGCCUCCAUCGCCUUCGUCCGCCUCGUCUUCUCCAUUCCGUGGACGACGGCCCAUCAACCUCGCCUCCGUCUACCGCCCGCUCAUGUCCAUCUCCGAGUCAAUUGCCCCGAUAUCAAGGGUUUACCGCGGCCUGACGCCACAGUUCAAAGUCUUCCUACAGAUCUCGGCGAUGACGUUUGGCGGGUGUAUCUGGGCGGAGAAGAGGGUGCAGGAGUACUUGGACGUUAUGAGGAAAGUCAAGCGCGCGAAGAGGAGGGUGGAAACGGAGGAUGAUUGAAUUGAGUAGGAGUGUUUCACUCUUUCUCACUCAUUCCGAGAAGGGCCUUUUUACCCUCCUAGAUGGAGAUGGAUUGGUCAAUUCGAGGGGCACAUUUUGCAUUUUGGGGGUUUCAGACCAUUGCUAGGAUAGGAUUACUUGGGACGGGAUUUCUAACGGCUAUUCACCUCUCUUUUUGUUUAUUGUUAUUCCUUUGGAAUACGUGUACAUAUAACUACUUACCCCUCCGCACUGUCUAGGCGUUCGGGUUGUCGGGAUCGGGAAAAUGCUGUCAUUCGCAGCUUGACAAGAUUGCUGUGCUCCCCCUUUUCGGCUUUUUGUUUUAUUUUUGGUGUGUUUGUCUUUGGGAAAUGCUGUAUGUUACAGCUACCAAGAAUGCCUUGAUGGUUCCAAAAGUUCAAGAUAAUUCACCGGAAGUUCAUUGAGGAGGGGGCUACUCUCUGUGGUCGUCUGCAUGGCAAGGAGGUUAACCCUCCAGCGAAAAUCCGCAUCCGCGAUGAUGAGAUUAACCACGUUUGAUCGUUUUUCAUAUCUGAAUUGCCAGUCAAUAAAGGUCUGGUACCCUCCA